AUGUCAGUCUAUAGAAUAGAUGGAAAUAUGAAGACACCAUUGGCCAGUAUUUUAGCCUCAGAUUCAAGGGUUCGAGAUUACAACGUGGAUGGGGUAGAAGUUGAUGGUAAAAUAUCAACCAAGACAGUGGAGAUGACAGUGUCGGUAACACAAGAGACUGGGUGUCAGGAUGGUGUCUGGGCUUGUGAUGUUCAUUACGUCGACAGUACAGGUCACAUAGGGAAGAGGGAAAAGAAAACAAGGGCUGGAUCAAGAAAAGAUAUGCGUUCAUUUCUAGAUUUGAAUAUACAAUCAGAAGGUUCUGAAAUUUCUAUGUCUAUCGAGCGUUUGAACCAUUUAACGGAUAGAGAUUUGAACAUGAAAUUAAAAUUGUCAAGUUGUAAUCCUAACAACAACAAGCACGUCGAUGCAAACGAGUUUAACAAAGAAAAACAAAGAGGAUAUCAAUCAAAGCCCUUGGAGGAAAAUAAUGAAGUAUUGGAAUCAGCUUAUAGCAAUGAAAGAAAGUUUGAGAACCCGGAUGAGAACUCGAAAAAGCAAGAUAGAAUGUUUAACAGGCAUUUAAGAUCUGGAGAAUUAAACACUAAAAUAAACAAUAGCGCAAGUUUGAUAAACAAUGUUACCAAUCUUCAAAACAUUGCUAGAUGGGAGAAGUAUCGGCUAAAUUAUAUGUCUUCCGAAUUACCGACGUUGUCAGAGAAAGAUAACAAUCUACAAGAACAAUAUGAUAACAUGGAACAAGAUUUUAUUAAAAAGUUCAACCAACUAAAAUCUAGGAUCGCUGUGUUAGAGAAUAGCAAUGACACACAAUAUGAUUUAAAACAAAGUCUUGACCUGUAUAAUUUGCAAAACGUUUUGUUUGCUAUAGAUGAAACAAAACUACAUUUAAAAAAUAGUCUUGAUUAUGUAUCUCUAAUUUUAAAUGUUACAAAAUUUGGAACACAAUAUGGAUCUGAUAUAAUAAGAAAAAUUUUCAUGGCUAUGAAGUAUACAAUACAAGAAAACGAAAUUCUUAAAACCUUGUUAAAUAGACGUUUCGGAUUUGACAGACACAGUCAACUAAACCCAUAUAAUAGAAGACAUAUUGCUGCGUAUGGUUUCGAAGGAUACUGGCUCCAUUAUAAAGAUGGAUUCGGUAAACUUUCAGAAAAUUUUUGGCUUGGCAACGAUUGGAUCUCAAGACUUACGUCGAUUGGCUAUACCGAGCUGAGGAUUGAUAUGAAAUACAAAACAAAACACUACUAUGCAACAUACAGCAACUUUACGGUUGGCGAUGAAACAACCCAGUACAAGAUGAGCUACUCGUCAUACAACGGGAACGCCACGGACGGUUUGAAGGAUCACAAUGGGAUGAAAUUCUCCACUAGAGACGACGACAAUGAUAAAUGGUGGAAUGGCCAAUGUGUUAAAAGUCACACAGGUGGUUGGUGGUUUAACCAAUGUUUGACGUCCAACCUAAACGGUGAAUGGGCCAGCAAGGAAUUCGGCAAGGGAAUUAUUUGGGGAAACUUGACGGGCUGGCGUGACUCACUGGAGUUCACUGAGAUGAAGCUUCGUCUGCCUUAG